CGCGGGGUGGCGCCCGGAUCGCCUUCGCGCCCGCGCCAGGCGCCUCGGGGGUUCUGUCGGCGUCCGCUGCGCGCGACGCGCCUCCACGCGAAUGGGCCGCCGCCGCCCGCCUUCUUGUUGGCCGCACCCCCGCCCCGCGCCCGCCCCGCGCCCGGCCCGGCCCGGCGAGAAAGCCUUAAUUGAAUUGGUUGCAUCCCGAUGUCUCCUCUGCCUGCACUUCCCAGGAAGAACCCCCUGAGGCCCUCAGAUUUUCCUGCACACGCCCUUCCCAGACCCUCUGAUGACUGCAAAUCCCACCCUACCCUUGACGGGAAACUCUCUGAGGCUGUCCAGGUCAUCACCCCCAGGGACCAGGUACUGGUGGGGGAAUGUUCCAUGAAUUAAUUGCUGUACUCAGGGCUCUUGGACAAGUCUCCCCUGAUCGCAGGGUCCUGACUCUCCCUGUAUAAGAUGGAGGCUCUGCUGCUCAGGAGCCUGCCUGGCUUCCAGUGGUCUGGAGUGGAGCUGCACUGCAAUGGGGCUGGACUUAGGCUCCAGGUACCUACAGGGUGGGUGCAGGGGGACCAUCACAGUUCAGCUUCCUGGUGCCAUCUGUGGUGGGACCUGAUUGUGGGGCAAAGGGGUGGGACAUAAAAGGCAGAGUGUCGAGGCAGGUACAGAACGGGUGGGGGGGUGCUCCUUAGGGAGAAGGCAAAUCUAGAAUUCCUUGACCUCAUAAGGAAACAGCUUGGAUCCGUAUGGGGAGGGGUGGCAUGGGGGAGGAUGGAGCAGCACUUAGUACACAGAGGCCUCUGGGAGAGGGGCCAGGAUUGCAGAAGGCUUGCAGAGGUGCUGGGGAAUCUGAUUUUGUCAAAACUAAAAAAUCCACGAGGCAGCCUCUGAGCAGCCCAGAGUCCAAACUGCCAUCUGUCCCCUCAGCUCUGAAAGAUGAGGUGCAAACCCCUGCCCUACCCAAGGCUCUCCUGCUGCACACUGCCAGGCACUGUCUUCAUGGACCCACACUUCCUUCCAUAUUGCUGGGGACAGAGUGGGGCCUUGCCAACAGUGAUUCCUCUUUGUUAGGAUCUUUGUGUGUAGUCAAAACAGGGCCCCAUCUCCUCAUUACUCCCCCAGGUGUCUACCUCUUCCCACCCCAUGGGCAAACCUCCAUGGAUGACUGGUCUGUGACCCUCACCAGCCGGGCCAGCCAUUCUGGACAUGACCAGAGCCCUCCCCUCUUCUUCCCUUGUCACCAGCCCUCAUCUGUGAAACUACAGAUGGCAUGUCACCUCUUCAUGCUCCCAGUUUGGGGCCUACCCAGUGAGGGGCACACUAGUUGAUUCCAUACACCCUCAGCUGGCUUUGUUUAGAAUGUGAAUGUCACAGCCAGGCGCGGUGGCUUAUGCCUGUAAUCCCAGCACUUUGGGAGGCCGAGCCGGACUGAUCACUUGAGGUCAGGAGUUCGAGACCAGCCUGGCCAACAUGGUGAAAUCCUGUUUCUACUAAAAAUACAAAUAUUAAAUACUAAAAAUACAAAGCCAGGCAUGGUGGCAUGUGACUGUACUCCCAGCUACUCGGGAGGCUGAGACAGGAGAAUCACUUGAACCCGGGAGGUGGAGGCUACAGAGAGCCAAGAUUGCUCCACUGCACUCCAGCCUGGGUGACAGAGCGAGACUGUCUCAAAAAAAAAAAAAAAAAGAAUAUGAAUGAUGAAUGUCACCUCCUUUCUCUUCUCCAUGAGACAGCCAAUAUCUGAUCAAGGCCCUGGGAAUCCUAGCUACAGUCCAGGCUCCUGAGCAGGCCUUGGCAGCCUUCCAUAGCUCGCCACCCACGUCUGCCCCCUGCCUAGCCACGCUGCGCUCAGGGACCAUUCCGACAGGAGAGGACGCCCCACUUCAGCUCCCCCCAGUGCCCCGGGUGAAUGAACGGCAUGAAGGGUUAGGCGGGCACACGUCGUCUCUGCACGCAUCGCACGGCGCCCUCUGCCCGCGCCCACUGGCGUGCCCGUCGGCGUGCCCGGGCCCCUUCGAAGACUGCUUGCUUCUGGAGUGCCAGCGGCCUCCUGGCCCAGUGCCCCAUUUCCUCCCGGGUGGAGCGAGGGAGGAGGAAGGGAAGCAGAGGGGUAGGCGGUGGCAAGCAGCAGGCACAUGUGCUCGGGCGAGAGCCCCGCAGACUGGGAAGGCGGGCCCAUGGCAGGGGGUCUGCGGGGAUCGCGUUGGCGCGGGCCUUGCCCUGCAGCCGCUUCCCGGGCGAUGCGCACACAAAGCGCCCUCGGCAGCGCCUGGCCCGGGGCCCGCGCUCUCUUAGGGUCCGGGCCCUUCCCGCCGCUGCUGGGGCGGCCGACCGGGAUGCGGCCGGAGAACCCUAGGCUCUGGGGCCCGGGGAAGGGGGACGACGGCGGGGAGUAGGGAUGUGCAGGGAUCGGGCGAAGCCCAAGUGACUUAGGGACCAGAGCCACCCCAAGCGCCGACUUCGCCCGCUCGCACGUCCCGGGUCCCUCGCGCGCAGGCCCCGCCCCUCUCACCCCGCCGCACGCCACAGGGUGACGUCUCGGCUCCCAGCCACAUCGCCCUGACUCCCGCGCGGGCCCCGCCCCCUGCCGCUAGCCAAUCUGUGCGUUUGUGACUUUUGGGCCCGCAGCCCCGCCUGCUCCCACAGCGAUACCGGUUUGCAUUGCCCUGACUCCCGCGCGGGCCCCGCCCCCUACGCCGCUAGCCAAUCCAUGCAUUAGUGGCGUCCGGGCUCGCAGUACCGCUCGCUCCCACCGCGAGACCUUCUGCUCCGCGGCCGCGCAGGCCCCUCCCCCUCCAUCGCUAGCCAAUCCCCGUUUUGUGACGUAUGGGCUCGCGGCCCCGCUCGCUCCCACCGCGAGACCUUUUGCUCCGCGCCCGCGCGGGCCCCGCCCCCUCCAUCACUAGCCAAUCCCCGUGCUUGUGACAUAUGGGCUUGCGGCCCCGCCCGCUCCCAUCGCGAGACCGGUUCCCACCGCCCUGACUCCCGGGCGGGCCCCGCCCUCUCCGCCGCUAGCCAAUCCUCGCGUUGAUGACGUUUGGGCUCGCGGCCCCAGCCUCCCAGCUCUCAGGGCACGGCCGGUCUGUGCCGGCUGCUCCCGCGGUUAGGUCCCGCCCCGCGCAGCGCGCGCAGCCUGCGGAGCCAGCGGCCGUGACGCGACAACGAUUCGGCUGUGACGCGACAACGAUUCGGCUGUGACGCGAGCGCGGCCGCUCCCGAUGCGCUCGUGCCGCCCCCGCCGUGCUCCUCGGCAGCCGUUGCUCGGCCGGUUUUGGUAGGCCCGGGCCGCCGCCAGGCCUCCGCCUGAGCCCGCACCCGCCAUGGACAACUACGCAGAUCUUUCGGAUACCGAGCUGACCACCUUGCUGCGCCGGUACAACAUCCCGCACGGGCCUGUAGUAGGAUCAACUCGUAGGCUUUACGAGAAGAAGAUCUUCGAGUACGAGACCCAGAGGCGGCGGCUCUCGCCCCCCAGCUCGUCCGCCGCCUCCUCUUAUAGCUUCUCUGACUUGAAUUCUACUAGAGGGGAUGCAGAUAUGUAUGAUCUUCCCAAGAAAGAGGACGCUUUACUCUACCAGAGCAAGGGCUACAAUGACGACUACUAUGAAGAGAGCUACUUCACCACCAGGACUUAUGGGGAGCCCGAGUCUGCGGGCCCGUCCAGGGCUGUCCGCCAGUCAGUGACUUCAUUCCCAGAUGCUGACGCUUUCCAUCGCCAGGUGCGUGAUGACGAUCUUUUGUCUUCUUCUGAAGAGGAGUGCAAGGAUAGGGAACGCCCCAUGUACGGCCGGGACAGUGCCUACCAGAGCAUCACGCACUACCGCCCUGUUUCAGCCUCCAGGAGCUCCCUGGACCUGUCCUAUUAUCCUACUUCCUCCUCCACCUCUUUUAUGUCCUCCUCAUCAUCUUCCUCUUCAUGGCUCACCCGCCGUGCCAUCCGGCCUGAAAACCAUGCUCCUGGGGCUGGGCUGGGCCAGGAUCGCCAGGUCCCGCUCUGGGGCCAGCUGCUGCUUUUCCUGGUCUUUGUGAUCGUCCUCUUCUUCAUUUACCACUUCAUGCAGGCUGAAGAAGGCAACCCCUUCUAGAGGGAGCCAUGAGGGUCUGGGCUUCAGAGCUAGGUCUUUGGGGAAGUCCUGGCUGACUGCCUUAGCAGUGGGGGUGGGGGUGGGGGUGGGGGCAGGGGCUUUUAUGUGUUUUUGCUUGGGGGGCGCUGGGCCUAGCCCAGAGUAGUGCUUGCUCCCCCUGCCUUGUCCCACCAGGGAGGCAGCAGACUCAGGCCCUCCAUGGUCCUCUUUGUCAUUUUGUUGACAUGCAUUCCUCCUUUUGUCAUCUUGUUGGGGGGAGGGGAUUAACCAAAGGCCACCCUGACUUUGUUUUUGUGGACACACAAUAAAAGCCCCGUUUAUUUGUAA